UCCACGUUACAGAUCUAGCGAUUCAUUUUCAUCUUGUGUGAAACAGCGGCAUGACGACCCCUCUUCUUGGCUCAUGCCACUGCGGCGCUACUAAAUAUGUGGUCUGGCUCACGCUUCCCAAUACAUUUGAUGAAUCCAACCCACCAUCCGCAAACGACCAGCGCUUCUCGCGUUGCAACUGUACUACUUGUCACAAAACAGGCGCCUUUCAUAUCCGACCUGCCAAUGUCAAGACAGACUUUCUCCUGCUCGCCCCUGCGGAUCCGUACCUUGACCUAGGCGACUACCUCACCAGCGACAGGGAAAUUCACUUUUUCUUUUGCAAAACUUGCGGUGUGAGAUGUUUUUCAUUUUGUGGCAAGUCAGAAACGACGGAGCUUGAUCUGUGUGAGCUCAAGGUGCCAGGAUAUGACGUUCCCAACUUCCUGACCAAAGUCUGGAAGAGUACGGGUGAGAGUUACAACCCGGUAUUUGGAGCAUACGUAUCUGUAAAUGCGUAUACCAUCAAUACAGAUCAACCCGAAUUUGACAUGAGAGUGUUGACAGAGAAGAAGCAAGUUCGGUAUAUAGACAUGCUACCUGAACCCGAGAAGGAUGGGAAGCCCAUCCGGUGGGAUCGUCCUCACGCAGGAGGCUCGUAUUGAUUGCAUUUAAUCAAAUUUUGAAAGUUUGAAGUCAUAAUUGUAUUUGAAUCCUAUUCGCCAUGUGACUAUUACGUAUUUUGCAAUUUUUC